GUCACGUUAAAUAUUGCACAUAAAUUGGCUAUUGGUAUUGGUAAACCUGUAUUUAUUAAAUUAUUCUAUUAAUAUCGGUCGUUCUACCUGCAUUAUUUACUAUCAAGGCAACGCUUAUUGCCGCCACAACCUCAAGCUUUAUGUAUGGUAUUCUGUGUUUCACUAAUUUUGUAACAAAAAUAUGGAGGACGCAGCUUCUCAGAAAACAGUCACAGAGGAAAUAAAAUUUAAACCUAGAAAGAAACAAAACCUGCGCCAGCGUAUCAAAGAUGAUGAUGAUUCUGAGGACGAACAAUACAUCUUGGCUAAACUGGAAGAAACUAAGGUGUUGCAGAAACUUCGAGAACGGCCCAAUGGUGUUAGUGUGAUUGCUUUGGCUACGGGUCAGAAGACAACGAUUGAGGAAGAAAUUACUUGUAAGGACCCAUUUAAAGUGAAAGCUGGAGGAAUGGUGAACAUGCAGGCAUUGAAAAGUGGUAAAGUUAAGCAAGUUGAUGAUGCGUACGAUACUGGCAUUGGUACUCAGUUUUCAGCCGAGACCAACAAACGUGAUGAAGAUGAAGAAAUGAUGAAAUAUAUCGAAGAACAAUUAGCAAAACGAAAAGAAGGACAUAAUGAAGACACGAAGGAAUCUGAACAUAAUGAUGCUUUGAAAUACUUAUCUCCUGAAGAAGCUGCAUUAUUGUCUCUUCCUGAACAUUUGAGGGUAUCAUCAGCACAUCGUUCAGAGGAGAUGCUGUCUAAUCAGAUGCUCAGUGGCAUUCCUGAAGUAGAUUUGGGUAUUGAUGCUAAAAUUAAAAACAUUGAAGCAACAGAAGAGGCUAAAAUGAAAUUGCUUUGGGAGAGACAUAACAAAAAGGACUGUCCUUCACAGUUUGUGCCUACGAACAUGGCAGUGAAUUUUGUUCAACAUAACCGGUUUAAUAUAGAAAGUGAUAUUGCUAAGAAACGUAAACUUGAUAAGCCAGAUGUAGUCAAGACUGAUACUAGUGUCAUAGAUGAUAGUGUAGAUAAAAUAGUUAAGAAAGCUAAAGGAGAAAGAGCUACUGAUGAUUAUCAUUAUGAAAAGUUUAAAAAACAAUUUAGAAGAUACUGAACAAAUUGUUUUAAUUAUGUAAAUGGGCAUUUUCACUUAUAAGUGUACCCAGUUAAAAAUACGAUAUUUUUUUUGAAGUUGUUUUUUUAAUAUGUUUAAAGAUCUCAACCUGUUCUUCAUAGUCUGACGGACUGGAGAUGGUAUUUUAUUUUUAAUAAAAUGAGUGUUUUCCUUAUUAAAAACGGAAAAUAAAUGGACUUCGUAGUGAAAAAGUGGUCAGUUUGGUGACGCCAUAAAUAUCAUCCUACUUUAUUAUUUUAAUUAGUAUGACUCAAUUUUUAUUUUCUUUUGCUACUGAAUAUUAAAUAAUCCACCGAAAAAAAUAGAUAUUAACUUUAAAUUGAAAUCUCAUUUCUCUAAAAUGAAGUUUCAACUUCGGUUUUGUGACAAGUGAUGCUACGAAGAUCGAUUUUUAUUAAUUUCCUUGAUAAAGGGGUUAGUUUUUUUAAUAAAUGUAUUUUGUAGUAUUCUAUGUUGCAACAGGCUUAAACAAUAUUCAAACAAAUAUAAUUAAACAAUGAAACAAAAGUUUAAAAAAUAUAUUUUGUUCACAUACAAAUUGGGACAGUCACCAAAGUGACACAUUGAAAAACCUUAAGCUGAGAUUACAUGAUAAAAAAUAAAACAUAGCGUUGGUAGUUAAGUCUUUAUUCUUUCAUAUUUUUAUUGUAUCUGAGGGAGGAUAGACUGCGUUAACCCGCGAAGUUGAAGUUUUCUUGCGUUUUUUGCAAUGUGCAGAUCAAUUUCAGCUUGUUGGUACAAAUAUUUUGCAAAUCAG